UCAGCUAAACUUAAGGGUAGGAUGGUCAAGAAGGACGUAGGGCAAACCCUCUAAACUUAACGAACUGCUUACCGAUCUAUCCCUUGUUACUCCUGUUAGGUUGGUUAGCAAAAAAAGGUGAAGAUGCCGGACGCUGAUGAAAUCGAGCGUGGCCCGGCCGCUACGCCAGAGGAUUUUGUCAAGGSACUCGAGAAAAGGGAGUUGGCACGACUUCAAGUGCCGAAAGUUAACAUCKUCCAUUUUAAUGGGGACAAAGUAUCCGAGUGGCUGGAGCUGCCGGAGCAGGUUACGGUCGAGGUGCCUGAGGCAGAUAAAUUCAAGUUCCUACCCAGGUACGUCUGGUGGGAAACUCGGCCCGAGGUAAUGAAGGUGGCUGCUGGAGCAGGAGGAGACUGGGCUAAGUUCAAGGCAGAAAUGCAGAGGCGGUUCAAGUUAGGGGAUGGCUUGUUAACGAAGACAGAUUUGGAGAUGUUACAGCAGGACGAGUUCUCCACGGUGGGAGCUUUCGCAACGGCAUUUGAGAAGAUGGCCAAGAAAGUCCCCGGAUUGGCGGAAGAAGAACAAUGUGCCACUUUCCUGGGGCACUUCAAGAAUUGGGAGGCCUCGUCGCUAACCAAGAAGGCUGCGCCGGGAAAGAAGCUCACUUGGGCCGCCAUAAAGGAGGGCGUAAUAGAAGGAGAGUUGGACCAAGUAGACAUUUUCCAAAUGCGACAGGCUAGGAAGAAAAGAAAGGCCUUGGACGCCACGACGAGCGGCGGGCGAGACUUUGAGAAACUGAUAGAAGAUGCAGUGGCCAGCUCGAUGCAGAGAAAGAGGCAAAAAGGAAAACUGAAUUACCUUUUCGGCAGCAGGUUUGUACUAAGGGUGGACGCUACAGCAUUGGCCGGCUCUCUCAAGAACUUCGCUCCUUCAGAUCCAACUAUCGCCAGAUGGUUGACGUACAUCUGGAUGUUUGACUUCGAGAUGAAGCGAAUUCCAGGGAACAAGAACAGGGCGGACGGGCUGAGUCGAGUCGACUGGGACAAAAACCAUCAGGGAGUGAUUGAGGAUACUCCACCAGUCGACGGAUUUUUGGACAACGAGGAGGAUGUGAGACUUCACAUCAACUCCUGGGCAUUGGCCGUGGGUAAGUACGUUACUCCUGGGCGACCUGUAUGGCUUGCGCCUCCGGGACAUGUACGACGACCAGACUUGGUCCUCAAACCCUAUAUUGAAGAAGAUUCUUGGGGAAUGUCGGGCGUAGGUUGGAUGAUGGAGUUGGCUUUAGCUGGCAAGUACGAGCUGCAGGAAGACCCGCUUACAAUUGAAAAUGGGGCGCUACAGGUGGGUAAGCACGAGAAGAUGAUAGGUGGGGUGUACCUGCUGACAAAUGCAUUGCUUCAAGAAGAGACGGUCAGAAAUACAGUACUAGAUCAGGAAGAGGUGGUAGAGCCGGGAGGAGGUGACAAUGUGAUCCACGAGAGGGAGGAUGAUGACUUUGAGGAAGGUGAGAUUAAAGAAGCAUUUCGAGCAGAGGAAUACGAGGGAGUAUACCUUGAACUCGGCAUGCUUCUUUCGUGCGAGAUGAGGGAAAGGGAUGCUUGCGCGCGGGUUCUGAAGAUGAGGCCAAGUUUCCUGGUAAGAGACGGUCAUCUGUUCAUGAGAAGUAAAGGAGGAGAUCCCAGAAGAGUGGUUUGCGGCCUCGCCCGCCAGAUUGACAUUAUGGCGGCGCUGCACGACGGUACGGCAGGUGGCCACAGGGGUGCAGAUACGACGUAUCUGAAGAUCCACGAGUUGUACUAUUGGGAUGGCAUGGGGCAGAUGAUUGAUGACUAUUGUAAGUCUUGCAUGCCAUGCCAGGAACGGUCUGCUCUCAGACCCAGGGAGCCGCUGCACCCAAGGUACGUUCGUGAGGUUGGAGCAGUCGUGCACUUGGAUCUAUUGGCAAUGCCGUUGGGGAUAGGGAGCUACAAUUUCAUCUUUGAUGCACGGGACAACCUCUCGAGGUUUGUGGAUGGCAGGGCCAUUUGCACGAAGACUGGAGAGACAUUGGCCCAAUGCAUGGAAGAGUAUUAUCUUCGCUACCCCUUUGUGUCCAGAUUCGUGAUGGAUAGAGGGUCCGAGUUCACAUGUGCAAAAGUGAAAGCUCUUUUGAAGAAGUAUGGGGACCUCGAGACUGAUCUGACCUUUGAGGAACUGCUGGAUUUGAGGGCACGACAGAUCGACGCUAUUGAGGACAAGAUUGAGGAGGCAGCAAGUAGGACCACGGACAACCGUACCAAGGACAAGUUUAGGUGGGAUAAAAUGGCGAGGGUAAGAAAGGAGCCUCUCAAGGUGGGAGACAUUGUGCUGUUGUAUGACUCGUCCCUGGAAAAGCAGUGGUCGCGGAAGUUGGAUAAGAGGUGGUUGGGGCCUUACAGGGUCACCAGAUGUGGUGAACAUGGUGCCUACCAAAUCGAAGAGCUGAACGGGACGGGAUGGAAGGACUGGGUGUCAGGCUCGAGGCUAAAAAGGUUUGUGGCUCGAGACGAGGAGGAGGACCCUCCUCUGUUCUCAGAGGUCUUGAUGGGCUUCGAUAAGCUGAUGGACGCCACAGGAAGAUCAGGUGGACAACAUCAGGAGAUGGGGGUUAAGUUGGUCUCUACAGACCUGCUCAACCUAAGGAGCGUGAUGAGAGAAGGCUUCGCAGCAGCAAGGACCUCAGAUCAAAAGAUUGGGGACAGGCUGACAAAGGUGGCACAAAAGGCUUAUGGCCAGAGGGCGGACUGGGAGAGAGAGGCUGAGGGCCUGAAGAGGGAGCUGGGAAGACAGGGCAAAGAGUUGGCAGCAGUAAAGGCGGACAUGGAGAGAGUCUCAGCAGAGAAUGAGGCCGUCAGACAAGUCAACCAGACCCUUAACAAGGUCACUGACGCGCUGAGGGCCUAUUUGUAGGUCCAAAAGUUCGAAAUCAGGGGACAACCUGCAGAGGAGGUCUUCAAGAAGUUCAAGAAGGAAGUAGAGAUGGCGGACCAGCAGGAGGGUGAGGAGAUCCCUCUGAUCGACAAAGAGAUGUUGGAGCAGCCAGGAGUGCUUGUGGAAAAGGGUGCCGAGGUCGGAGAGUUUGAGUGGAGGUUACCUGCUGGCCUGACACUGGGACACGAGCCGGCAGUACCACAGGAGGGACCACCAGUUGAGGCAAUGAGAGUUGGGGAGGUUCCACCUACUAUUCGGAAAGAGGCUGCGGGACAGCAGGAGGGUCAGGAAAGUGUGGGCCAGACCAUGGUUGGGACUGAGCCGGGAGUGGACCUGAGGGACUGUCAGGAGUCAACCAUGCUUCAGGAGGUGCCAGUUGCUACAGAUUUGCGAGGUGUACUGGGAUCUUGGGCCACUGAGUCAGGGCCAGAGGGGCGUGUUGGGGAGCUGGGGAUGCCAGCAGAUAACAGAGCAGCCUGCCCCGCUUCCUCAGGGGUCCCACAGCAGGAGGUUACGAGCAAGAUCUCAACAACCCCGUCAUCUGUAGCCUCGCUGGAAGGAGACAAGGUGUCCCAGAAAAAACUUGGCAAGUGCUUUUAUUGCAAGAGGGGCAAACAUCGAUCAGACGACUGUCCCAAGAGCCUCAAGGACGAGGCAAAUGGAUUGUGUACCAGGGAAUCGUCCGGGGUAUGGAGAGAGAGAAAUGGAAACCUAGUCCCUAAGACUCGUGAUGGGGUAAGGGCGCAGUUGUAUAGGCAGCUGCAGGAGGUCAUGAGUGAUCAGGAGUAGGAUUUUCCAAUAAGGUCCGGAAAGGUCUGAGUCUAACAUGUGCGGGACUUC